GCGGGACAGUCCACCGGUUGCGGGGAAAAGCUGUGCGCGCUGCGCGCAGGCGCCCUGAGGACCCGGUAGCGGCGGUGGUGGUGGUUGCGGCGACAGCAGGGGGGAAGAGAGCCGGGUCCUUGGCCGAAGCGGGAGGCAGUGGUGGCGGCCAUGGCGGCAGAUGGAGAGCGAUCCCCGCUACUCUCCGAGACCAUCGACGGUGGUGCUGGCGGCAAUGGACCAGUGGGGUCGAGCGGGAGUGGGCCUGGGCCCGGGGGAGGCCUGACCCCUUCCGCGCCUCCGUACGGAUCCGGUAAACAUGCCCCGCCCCAGGCAUUUCCCCCGUUCCCAGAGGGACACCCAGCCGUGUUGCCUGGGAAGGACCCACCCCCCUACUCACCCCUGACUAGCCCGGACAGCGGCAGUGCCCCCAUGAUUACCUGCCGAGUUUGCCAGUCUCUCAUCAACGUGGAAGGCAAGAUGCAUCAGCAUGUAGUCAAAUGUGGUGUCUGCAAUGAAGCCACUCCAAUCAAGAAUGCACCUCCAGGAAAAAAAUAUGUUAGAUGCCCCUGUAACUGUCUCCUCAUCUGCAAAGUGACUUCCCAGCGGAUUGCCUGCCCUCGGCCCUACUGCAAAAGAAUCAUCAACCUGGGACCUGUGCAUCCAGGACCUCUGAGUCCUGAACCACAACCUGUGGGUGUCAGGGUCAUCUGUGGACAUUGCAAGAAUACUUUUCUGUGGACAGAGUUCACAGACCGAACCUUGGCCCGUUGCCCACACUGCAGAAAAGUGUCAUCCAUUGGGCGUAGAUAUCCACGGAAGAGAUGUAUUUGCUGCUUCUUGCUUGGCUUACUGUUGGCAGUCGCUGCCACUGGCCUUGCUUUUGGCACAUGGAAGCAUGCACAGCGAUAUGGAGGCAUCUAUGCAGCUUGGGCAUUUGUCAUCCUGUUGGCUGUGCUGUGUUUGGGCCGGGCCUUCUAUUGGGCCUGUAUGAAGGUCAGCCACCCUGUCCAGAACUUUUCCUGAGCCCCAUGAUGAUCCACAGACUGCCUGGCCCCUCCCUGGUGGGGACAGUGACACUACAAAGGGAGCCAUGGUAAAAGGCUCCUAGAGUUUCUGUAAGGGGAGCCAAGCAGCUGCCUGCCUUUUCCCUGGGGAGAGGUAGGAUGGAACCAGGCCCUCACCUAGGCUUAGAGGGGUAGGUAAGACCACUGCUGGUCAUCCGCUUUCCUCCAAGGGUUGCUGUGUUUAAGGUGAAGUAGGCAAAAUGUCCCUAAACCAGGGUCCUACAAGAGGGUUCUAGCCUAGUCUUUCCUUUAUGCUCUGAGAGCCAUUCCUGUCCCUUACACAGUCCAGGGCAAGUGGGCGGGGGUGGGUAGCCCUGGGGGUUUCCCCUCCUGUUGUACACCAUUAGGACUGCUGCUGCUAUUGCACUUCACCAGGGGCUGGCUCUGAUCUCAGUACCCUCAGCCUCCUCUCCCACCAUUCUGUCCUGUGGGGGUGGAGUCAGCUGCUGCUCUGUACAGAACCACAGGAAUUGAUAUGUGUAUAUAACUAUUUAAUGUGGGGUAUAUUCCCCCAUCCUGUUUCCCUUAAUUCCUCUUUCCAACUUUACCCCCCAGUUGCACCAUUUAACUGGGCUAGGUAGGGUUGCUGUAUUGGUGGAAAUUAGGGACUCAUCCUAUGCUUGUAAAUAAAUAAGGUCAUGACUCUA